AUGGCUGGAAUUCUAGGCCCCCGGGCCAUCUUCUGGGUCUUUGUCGUCCUCGCCAUAGGCGUGAUUUACAGAACAUACACACACAGCUUCAUCUUCCUCACCCUCGGUAUUGGACGAGAGAUCCAACCAAUCGAGGACUUCCCAUGGACCUGUAUACGCGUCCGGAACUUCCUCUUGGAGGGCUGUGAAGACCUGUGGCUCGAUGAACAGGACCGAAAGCUACCUCCUGUUGACUAUGUCACUAGAGAAUUCCUUGAUGCUCUGGUCGUUGGGGCAAAUUCUACUGUUGAGAUGUUUGAUCUAGAUGAGACCUCGGACACGCUUGAGCAUAUUAAGUCUAUAGCCAGCGAGGCAAUUUUCACGCCCAAUGGCGUGGCAGUGGAAGAAGAUGGUCUGGGAUUCGUGAUCACAAACGACCAUAACACCAAGACUAGAACUUUCUGUGAUCUGGAAAUGCUGUCUGGAGGCGGAAGUCUCGCAUACUGUCGAUCUAACACAGGGAAAUACCAUAUCGCGGCUGAUAAAGGAUUCUCCAUAUCUAAUAGAAUAGCCCACGACAAGAAUAGCUACUACUACGUCGCUAACUCUGCAUCUGGUCUCAUCACCGUUCAUAGACUCGUCAAUAACGAAUUGAUCUAG